CUUAAGGCAAGAUAACAUUCUUCGUCAAUCAGAGAACUUCAAAUUACAUCAUCUCUCCCAGUUUUGGAUUUGUUUAGUGGAAGCUUCAAAAUCAUUUCAAACGAUCUUGGUAUCUUCGAGGUUUCCACAAAUCAUAAUGUCAUCUGAGAAGAACAGAAAAUUGGAGAAACAUAAAGAAUGCAAAGUUUCUUCUUCUCUCUUAGAUUUGCCUGAGUGGAUCUUGGAUUGCAUCCUUGAGUGCCUUUCACCACUGGACUUGUGCAGAGUGGCACAAGUGUGUACCAGUUUGAGGCUUAGAAGCAGAAGUGAUGCUUUGUGGGAGAAACAAAUCCAUAAGAAAUGGGGUCAUAUUCUUAGUGAUGUUGCUCACCAAGAGUGGCAGUGGCACACAACGAAGAUAAUAAACACACAAAGCCUCUUGUUACAGCAGAAUCAGAGUGGUUCAUGUGGCACUUUCACUGGUGUUUGGCCUUUCUUACACUUUCAUUCUUAUUUGAAAAAUUUCGUUGACUUGAUUAGUUUUUUUAGAAGUUGUUCAAAAAUGGCUUUGUAUAUAUGUCUUGAAAGUGGCCGCUUUUGGUUUCUAGUUCAAGUUUGUAAGAUUUCAAGACUAUUCUAUUAUGAUGCCAUUGUCAGCUAUGACUCUAGAACAGACACCUUCCGGGCAAGCUCUCCAACUGGUGGAUGGAGAAUGAUUGAAGUAAAUGUUCCGUGGGAUAGGUUGAGAUUAUCACCGGUUGAAACUUCUACAAGGGAGUUUUAUAUGUCUAACUGUAGGAAUGAUUUGAAACCAGGAGAUCAAAUUGAGAUUCAGAUGAGAAGUCGCCAGAGCACCACUUAUAAUUGGUGGUAUGCUGUAAUUGGUCAUUUGGAAACAUGUGACGAGGAUGUGAAUCAUUGCCAUUGCCAAUAUAGUGACAUGUUGGUAGUGGAAUUCAAGCAUUAUCCGCCAGGGAGUAGAAUGAGAAGAUCAGUGUUGAGUAGAAACGUGUAUGAGGAACAAGGUUCUAGAAUUCGUUGGUUCGGUGGAAUCAGAAAACUUGAUAAGGAGGAGAUUGAAAAGUGGAACAAACUCUUAGAAUCUCGAUAAUUAGAUUUUGUCCAACAUUCCGGUGCAUGAACCAAUUAAUACAUAAUACAUUCAUCCUGAAUGUUUCAUUUAGAUUUAGAAUAUGAAAUAUACUUUAAAAUGGAAUUUGUAUUUCUCA